AUGCACGGCUACAGUUCAUCAGAAGAGUCGGACGACCCUCGUCGGCCUCGCGCGCCGCCCGCGACUACAGCCAAUUCCAACGACCAGAAGAAAAAGAAGAAGAAGAAGUUGCCGCCCCAAAAGUCUAUCAAUCGAAUCUGGAAGAAAUUCUCCAAACGCAAGUUCCAGAGGGCCCUCGCCGUUCUCCCAUUCGACCCCGUUCUCCCUCCCGCCACCUAUCAAUCCAAUGAGCUGCUCUCGUCGGGAUACGAGCGCGCUGCAGAAGAAUGUCGACGAAAGGUGGAAAAAAUCAUCAAAGAAUGCAAGCGCGUAAAUAUGCGAUAUCGGGAUCCUGGUUGGGACUUGGAUUGGGAUCUCAAGUACGAGAAGGGCAAUUGUCUCAAUACUCUCGGCUCACAAAAAUUUGAACUCAACAGAACGACUCUUCUCAGCUCCAAGGCCUCUGUCCCCAAGGCUGUCAAGCGAGUUCACGAGAUCUUCGAGAAUCCCACCUUCAUGAAGGAUGUGAACGGUGGUGACGUCAAGCAAGGAAGUCUGGGCGACUGCUGGAUCAUGGCGGGUCUGACGGCCCUCUCCAAUGUUCCGGAUGGGCUCAAGCGCAUCUGCGUCGCCUACAACACUAAGAUUGGAAUCUACGGCUUCGUCUUUUACAGAGACGGAGAGUGGAUCUACUCCAUCAUUGACGACAAGCUCUAUCUCAAGUCUCCAUGCUGGGACUCUCCCAGCAUGCAGCGAGAUCUCCUGCAACAGAUUGACCGCGAAGAUGUUGAGAACGUAUACCGAAAGACCUACCAGACUGGUUCCAAGGCCCUCUUCUUUGCCCAGUGCAAGGAUCAGAACGAGACUUGGGUCCCACUGGUAGAGAAGGCCUAUGCCAAGGCGCAUGGCGACUAUGCGUCCUUGUCUGGCGGCUGGAUCGGCGAGGGUCUGGAAGAUCUCUCGGGUGGCGUCACCACCGAACUCCUGACGUCCGACAUUCUCGACAUUGACGAAUUCUGGGACAAGGAAAUGUCCAGGGUCAAUGAUGAGUUUCUCUUCGGUGCCUCGACCGGCCUGCUAGAGCAUGGCUACGGUGAGCGCAACGGCAUCUCGGAGGGGCAUGCCUACGUUGUGAUGGAGGCUCGGACACUUAAGUCCGGUCAGCGCUUGGUCAAGCUCCGAAACCCUUGGGGCAAGGUCCGCAAGGGUAUCUGGGAAGGAGCCUGGAGCGAUGGUUCCAAGGAGUGGACCACCGAGGUUCAGGAGGAGCUCGGCCACAAGUUUGGCAGCGACUCUGUCUUCUGGAUCUCGUACGAGGACCUCAUUCGCAAGUACUCUCACUUCGAUCGCACAAGGCUUUUCCGGGACCGCGACUGGCGAUGCUGUCAGCGCUGGAUCGGAGUCGAUGUGCCAUGGAAGGCAGAGUAUCACGAGAAGUUCCAGAUCAAGUUGACCAAGGACUCGCCCCUUUGCCUGGUACUGUCUCAGCUUGAUGGACGAUACUUCAAGGGUCUCCACGGCCAGUACUCAUUCCGCCUGCAUUUCCGACUUCACUAUGAAGAUAGCCCCAAUGCCGAGGACUACAUUGUCCGCUCUCACGGCAACUAUCUCAUGGAUCGGUCGGUGUCUGUGGAACUUCCAGACCUGCCUGCAGGCAACUACGUUGUGUAUCUCAAGGUGACAGGCGAGCGAGACUCGAAUGCCACUUCUGUCGAGGACGUCGUGAAGCGCGAGUGCGUCGACAGGGUCGAGAAUGAAAAGCUUGCCCAGGUUGGCUACGCCUACGAUCUGGCCCACAGCAAGGCAUGGGACCACAUGGACAAGGUCACCAAACUCCGCCAGAAGAAGGAUCAAGAGAAAGCUUCUGGAUGCCGACAAAAUGAGCGUCGCCGCAUGUGGGAGAAGCGCCACGUGAACCGCGACGUUACCAAGAAGCAGUCGACCAAGAACGCCGAAAAGAGAGCCCGCCGACGUGCCGCGUGGGAGGCUGAGCAGUGCCGACUUAACGAGGAAUUCAACGCCAAAGUCAAGGCCGAGAGAGAGGCGCUGAAGCAGGAGAGACUCGCCAAGGCCGAGGCCGUGAAGAAGGUCGAAGCGGAGAAGAAGGCUGAGGAGGCCGACGACGAGUCUGAGGAUGACAAGCCCAAGGAGUCUUCUGAGGACAAGUCUGAGACCAAGUCUGAGGAGAAGGCCGUAGCCGACGACAAGGACGAGCCUGUGGUCCCCGAUGAUGCCGUCAUGUCAGUCUCUACUGGAUCACCACAGUUCACCCCCAAGACGAUUGAUUCCACAACUGUCAUGGUCGAGGAGAAGCAGGAGGUUCCUCCUGUCAGUGGUCCUCCACCAGCUCCUGUUGAAGAGGAAGAGCCCCUGCCCACCCGGCCUCAACCUGUCUAUGAUUCUGCAGGCGAGUCUUCAGACUCUCCCGUUGAGGACUGGGAGGCCCUCUACAGCAGCGAUGAUCUGACCCGCAAGCCACGACUCACGCAGUCGAACCAGGCGGUGCAUGUGGAUGACUACGACUCGGAGGAAGAGCGUAUGCCUGAUCCAUGGAACGCCAUCUGCAUUGUUGGCAUCCGGGUCUACUCCAAGGAUGAGGGUCUAGAGCUCCGUACCGUUAUGGAGGGCGGCGAGCUUCUGGAAGGAGGCAUGGGUGAGAAGGGAGCGGCAGAUCUUGACAAUGCCCAGUCCAACGCCGGCGGUGUCCGCGCUGGUGAUGACAAGGACGCUCCCAAGGACAAGGCCGAGGAUGACAAGCUCUAUCCUCCGGUAGUCCGCAAGGAUGGUGGAGUGAUUGAAGAUGUCACGACCACCGGAGAGAAGAACUCUACCAUCAAGAGUUACUUUCACAUUGACUCGGCCGAUACAACUCGGAUGAACUCUCCGGCUCCCACGCCAUACGAGUUUGACCGUCGGCUGGAGCAUCGGCCAUGAAGUGAUGGCAAGAUUGCAUUUUGAAGAGCGACUAGAGAAGAUUUAGAGAAGACCGAUAUACCAAACCCCAAAGUACACGGGAUUGGGGGUGAUUUUCUGCUAGCUUGUUUUGCUCUUGGUUAGUGUUUUGGAUGGAUGAGCGAGGAUGGAUAGGCCCCUUGAAAGGAUUCUCUUAGGAACGAAGCAACGAUAUUAAAGAAUG